AUGUCGACGCCUAACGCGAAAGACUCCAUGAAAUCGACUUGGCGCUUCGCCGACAAGAACACAUGGGGUCUAGGCCACUGGGUGCUUCACCUCAUGAACGCUCAUCCCAUCGAUCCUGACAAGCCGAUUCCCAUACACGCCAAGACGGACAAGAUUCCCUAUUUAACACAAAAGUCGCAGCACGCAUGGGUACUUACACAUGCUUGUGCGCCCCUCCUCAUCCAUCAGGCCAUCUUGAACAUCACAGGGUGGCAGAAUCUCCACUAUGGACUCGUUUUCCUCCUUUACUUCUACGCCUUCCAGUUCAUUCUCGGUCACGAAUCGCGCACCAUCCGGAGAAUGGGCCAGAAAUGGGGUUUCCUAGAUGGCGAUGCCCAUCAGCGGGACGGCAUUCCUGACGUGGGCGCGACAAAAAUCAUGCUCUCUCUUGUGAAAGGCACAGCCGGCCGAGUCGCCAUGACGGUGUACUUCUCGUACGACCACUUCGUCCAGCCCCUUGACGUGCUGAGCGACUGGAAAUGGUGGGCGUGGCUCGCGCUCGAAAUUGGGCUCUACACCGUCAUCCUAGACUUUUGGUUCUACUGGUACCAUCGACUGAUGCACGAUGUGGGCUUUUUGUGGAAGUACCACCGCACGCAUCACUUGACCAAGCAUCCAAACCAGCUCCUAACGGCAUACGCAGACGAGGAGCAGGAGUUUUUCGAUCUUGUUGGCAUUCCCUUCAUUACCUACAUAUCCCUGAGAGCUAUGGGUCUCCCGCUGGGGUUCUACGAAUGGUGGAUUUGCCAUCAAUACAUUGCGUAUAUUGAAGUGGCGGGGCACAGUGGGCUCCGACUGCAUGCUGCAGGCUUGUCGACUUUGUACCCAAUCUUGAGGUACUUUGAUGCAGAGAUUGUGAUUGAGGAUCAUGACUUGCAUCAUCGAAAGGGGUGGCGCAAAAGUCACAACUACGGCAAGCAGACGAGGCUUUGGGAUCGUGUGUUUGGCACGUGUCUUGAGCGGAUUGAGUCGGCGCCGGAAAAUGUUGAUUACGAGAAUCAAGUUCAUGUGCCACUGUUGUAG